CCAGUUUUACCACUAAUACUUCGUCUUCUCUCAAUUAUUAAGGAUAAGGAUCCACUGGAUUUACUUUUGUGUGAACAACAUGAACUCGGACCUUCCCCUCUGUUUUGGCUUCUUCUGCUCUUCUACAUUCUGGGAUAUCUCUAGUACUAAGAAACUUCAAUAUCACUUGCAUUACUCUUUCUUUUGACUGUGGUAUAUGUGAUUGGUUAAUACAAUGCCUUCUUGGGGUUUGAACUUUCUUUCUUGGUUUAGGAAUUUCAGGGGCAUUUCUCAGGUUAGUGGGUCUAUUGCUUCUAGAUCCCUCAAUUUAUAUUCUGUUAAUUUGAUCUUUGAUGCAAUUCAUAUGAGAAUGCAAAAAAGAAAUAAAGAUCUGAUUUUGGGUAUUCUUUUGUUUCUUUCCUUCUUCUUUUUUUUUUUUUCUCAGAUUUUGAUUAAUUGCUCCUGGCUCUUUGGUUUACAUGUUUUAGAGGGCGAGUAAUGUAUGUGAUUGGUGUAUGCGUUGCCUUCCUUGCUUUUUAAAUCAUAAAGAACGGAUCUUUCCAUUUGCACUUUGCCUGCUGUUGUUGAUACUGUGGUAUCUUGCUUUACGUCUAUUUAUGUUGAAGCAACUGAUGCUGAGCAAUGGUUUUCUCAAUUGCUCAUUUGGGUGUAAUUCAGUCUUCAAUUCUCUUAACCUUUUUUUUUUUUAUAAUAAAUGACCAUUGUUUUGAGCAUUUUUCAUGUGAUUCUACUGAUGCACUGACAUCUGACUGAAGAAAACUGAUUCUUUCUAUGGAAAGAGUUAUACAUGUGGUUGAAUUGAAGAUGCUUUUUGUCUACUCUGUCCUCAUUCUGUUUUUCCAAUUAGGUUUGAUAACCACUGCCUUAGUGCCACAAUCCUAAUUAUAAACAUGUUUGGGGUUUUGCUGAUGAAAUGUGUUCACCGAUGGUAUGUUACAUCUAUGCUAUAUAGGGAUAUGGCAACAAUAUUUGUAGUUUCAGUAUCUCUUAUUCAUUCGUUGGUUUGAUUUAUUUUCUUCUUUUCAUUUUUGUAUUGAAAAAAUAACUGCUUUAAUCUAUG